AUGUCUUCAUUCCCUAUCGCGGGAUUGCUCCCCAAAGAGGAGAUUCAAGCGACUCAAUUUAUAUCCAAGAACCCCGAACAUGACGGUCGAGUUAUCACAAUUGCUAUCCUUGACACUGGUGUGGAUCCGUCAGCUCUUGGAUUGCAGAGAACCACUGAUGGAAAGCCCAAGAUCAUUGACUUGGUCGAUUGUACUGGGAGCGGCGACGUGAAGAUGAUCGUUGCUGAAAAGAGCGAGAGCGGGAGCCCCAAGUCUUUGACCGGCAAGGAGCUGAAGUUGGGCAGCUGGGAGAACCCGAGCGGGGAAUGGCGAGUAGGAUUGAAGAGGGCUUGGGAGAUUUGGCCAGGACCAUUGGUCAAUCGUAUGAAGAAGGACCGUAAGGACCGCUUUCUCGAAAAGCAUCACGCGCUUCUCUCUGCCGCGAAAGCAGAUCUCAGGGCUUUCAAUGAGAAGAACACUACGUCGUCUCCAACCAUCGCGCGCCAAAAGAACGAGCUUGAGGCGCGCAUCAGCUCUCUUGAUUCUCUGAUUAAGUCAUACGACGACGCAGGACCAACGUACGAUGUCGUCUCCUUCCACGACGGCAAGACGUGGCGCGUCGUGGUGGACUCUGAAUGCUCCAGCGACCUCUCGAAGUACACCCCCCUCGCCCCCUACCGCGAAGGACAGCAAUACUCCACCUUCCCCGAACCGACGCUUCUUCCCUACUCCGUCGACGUCUUCGAUGAAGGCUCAGUCGUCAGUAUCGUUUGCGCGGCCGGUACCCACGGAACCCACGUUGCAGCCAUCACCGCCGCAUACACCCCCGAUACUCCGGAGCGUAACGGUGUCGCACCGGGUGCGCAGAUCGUUUCCCUCAAAAUCGGUGAUACCCGUCUCGGAAGCAUGGAAACUCAUGCCGGUCUUGUCCGUGCCGCGAACUACCUCUACAAACACCGCGACACAAUUCAACUUGCUAACAUGUCCUACGGCGAGGCUUCGGGGAUUAGCGCGAAGGGACAGUUCGUGGAGGUAUUGGCAGAUUGGGUCGCCCGGCGCGGAAACUGUGUGUUCGUUACCUCUGCCGGGAAUGCUGGUCCGGCGUUGAGUACUGUCGGCGCACCCGGGAAUGGAAAGGGUGUGCUGAGCGUCGGCGCUUGGCAGAGUGCUUCGAUGCAGAAAUCUGAGUAUGCGCUUCUUGACGAGGUCCCCGCUGGUGGAUUCACCUGGUCGAGUCGUGGACCUACGACGGAUGGGCACAGGGGUGUUGAUGUCAUGGCGCCCGGAGCUGCGAUUACCUCUGUUCCGGGGUGGAGUGGUCAGGGAACACAGUUAAUGAAUGGAACGUCUAUGGCUUCACCAAAUGCUUGUGGUGGUGUCGCGCUGGUUCUUUCGAGCUUGAAGGCUGAGGGGAAGGAGUGGAAGGCGGCGGGGAUUGUUAAGGCUGCGAGGACUACGGCGAAGGAUGUUCAGGCUGAUUUGAAUGCUGGGUUGAUUCAGGUUGAGAAUAUGAGGGAGUAUUUGGCGAAGUGGGAAGGUGAGAAGGAGAGGGAUGUUGAGUGGGAGGUUUCUGUGGGUAAGGGACGUGGUAUCUAUCUCAGAGAUCCUGAGGAAUGUGCCCAGGUUUCGAAGGCACAGGCGACUGUUAAGCCCUUCUUUUUGGAGCAUGAGGCUAAGGAGAAGGCUGAGUUGGAGGUUAAGUGUAGGCUUGAGUGUAAAGCGUCCUGGAUCAGGGUCCCUAAGUAUGUCCUUUUGGCUGGCGUGGGUCGCACAUUCGAUGUUGAGGUUGAUCCGUCGCAAUUGGAGAGUGGGUUGCAUUUUGAGGAGAUUGUUGCCUAUGAUGCGGAUGCGGAGGAGAAGAGGGUCGUGUUCACCAUUCCAGUCACCGUGACGAAGCCUGAGGGUGUUCCAUUUGCUCCGAAGACGCCUUUGGUCAAAUACCACGGGCUUCGAUCCGCUCCCGGUUACAUCGAGCGUAAGUUUGUCGCUGUACCCUCCGGGGCAACAUCCUGCAAGCUCCGAAUCACUGCCCGCGAUAACCAUACCCCCAUCAAAUUCAUCGUGCACUGCUUGCAGAUGAUAGAGCAAAUUCGACAUUCGGAUACUGAGGCGCACUGGAUGUUCACCCUCACCCAGAACGAGCCAAUCGAGAAACGCUUCAAGGUUGUUGGUGGGAGGACUAUGGAGGUUUGUCUUGCGCAGUUCUGGAAUGUUGGGGUUGAUGUGGAGGUCGACGUCGACGUUGAGUUCUACGGAAUGGGGUUGACGAACGCUGAUAGUAAGGUCGUCUUGAUCGGUGGAGAGGGCGUGAGGAAGUUGGAGGCCGUUAGUGGUGUGAGGCAAGAGAUCUUCAAGCCUACCGCCAAGCUGGAGAAGGUCCGCAAAUUCGUCCGGCCUAAGGAGAGCAUCAUCAGCCCUCUCGGCGAGCGCGAUAUGUUGCCGAACACGAAGAAGCAAUAUGAGCUCGUCCUAACCUACCCUUUUAAGCAGACUGAGGCUGGCGAUGUGACCGCUUCCAUCCCCGCUUGUGGAUGGAUGUAUGACUCCGCCUUUGGUAUCUUGAUGAUGGUCUACGAUGCCAACAAGCAGCUCGUUAGCUUCGGGGAUGUGUAUCGUAAGGGUCACAAACUCGAGAAGGGUGAUCACGAGUUUAAGAUUCAGAUUCGUCAUGAGUCAUUUGAGGCGCUUGAUAAGGUGAAGGAUACGGUUCUUACUCUGGAGUGUGGGAUGCAGAAGGUCAAGGAGGUUGGCUUGGAUGUGUUCGAAGACCAAGUUGAUCUGUACAAUGGCAGCAAGGCUGCUGAUUUCAAGAACUUGAAGUUGAAGAUGGGUGAGAGAAAGGUCUUCGUUGUCAACACUGACGUUGCGAAAGAUAAGUUGCCAAAAAAUGCUGGUCCCGGCGACGUGCUUGUUGGUUCCCUCUCGUUGAACGCUGCAAAGGUUGAGCACGGUGGAUAUAAGUUGCAAUACGUCGUCGCUCCUGAUCCCAAGAAGGAAGACAACGGCAACGGUACUGUCAAGAAGAAGGACCCCAAGCUUGUUGACUUGCAGAUCGAGAUCGUCAGCAAGAUCAAGGAUGCUGUUGCGAAGGAAGCCUUCCUUGCUUCCCUGCUGAAGGAACAUCCCACUUACCUUCCCCUGCUUGUUGCCAAGCUCGAUUCGUUGUCUCCCAACUCUGUGCCCGCUGAUGACACCAAGAGGAAGCAAGUCAAUGAAGCCGCAGACGCGGUAAUCAAGCAGAUCGACAUCGACGCCUUGGCUCGUCACCAGGGCAUGAACCGCACUCCUGAUGAGGAGAAGACUGAGGAGGAGCGCGAGGCCGACGAAGAGAUGUCCAAGAAGAAGGACGCUUUCCUCGCCGCACUCAAGGCCAAGCUCAUUGCGUCAACCCCCGAAACCCGCGAAGCAGCCUUCAAAGCCUGGCGUCAAUGGGCUCCCGUCGAUGCAUCCAAAUCCGACAUGAAGUUUGCCCUGUGUCUCGCUGAGCGUGAUAUCGCCGAAAAGAGGUACGGUACUGCGCUCAAGACACUCAAGGACGCGGUCGAGGAGAACGGUGUCGUGGCCGGUGAAGACGCUGAUAAGGCGCAGGAGCUGAAGGCGAAGGCUUUGAGGGAGUUGGGGUGGGAUGUUUGGGUGAGAUAUGAGGAGGAGUGGGGCGUUGUGAGGAAGCCCCCUGGCGGGUAUGCUUUGUUCUGA